CCUCUCCUCGGAGCAAUGGUGGUCUCUUGCAACGAGUUUCCCUUCAUGUUUACUAUUCAGGCCACUACUGGGGAUUUUUACAAACUCAGAGCACCAGACGCCAAGCAACAAGAGUUAUGGAUGACUCAGCUACAGUUGUGUUCCAGACGGCACUCUGACAGCAGCGCCAAGGUGAUGAGCCAGACUGAAGGACAGCAGAAGAACCUGGUCACCUCUAUUGAGUCCCUACCCUCCCGAGGUGGACCCCUCUCUUCUCUGGAUGAGGAUCUCCUCCUUUUAAAGGCCACCUCUGCAGCCACGUUGAGCUGCCUGGGGGAGUGCCUCAGUAUGCUGCAGCACAAUGUCGUCCAGGCCCUCAACCAGAACCAAAACCAGAACCAGAACCACAUCCCUUGUCUGAGCCUCAACCACAGUUCAGGUGGCUUGAAUCAGGCAGUUCCCACAGAAAGAGUUAAGCCGUGGAGUCAGCGCUGCAGCCCCGGUGUGAACCACCUGGAGCCUGGUGGCCUUGGCUUCAGAAGUCAAAGCCCAACCCACAGCUUGAGUGAAAACCGGAGUCCUACUCACAGCAGCUGCAGUGGGGGAUCAGGAAGUGGCCACAUCCAGAGUCACGCAGACAGUUCCACAGGAUGUUCCAGAACGUCUUCUGAGAAGCAAGUGAAAAAUGGCCUACAGACACCUCCCCCUUCCUCCUGGCCUUCAACCCAAGCCCACACAAAGCCAGUCCUCCCUUCAGAGCCAGGGUCUGCCCCCUCGUCUCUCUGUCCGUCUCUCUGCAUGGUGGACAUGAAAUCCAGCAGGACUUCCACCAAGUCAGCGGUGGUGCAAUGCCAGCCAAAUAACCAGGGACAGCAGCAGGGACAGCAGCAGGGCCAGACCAGCGGUCCUGACACCAUAGAUCCCGAUGACGAGACCACAGACACAGAGGACAAUGAUGAGGAAGACCUGGGAGUUCUGGACGACCAGCGAAGCAUCAUCAUUCACCUACUGUCCCAGCUCAAACUUGGCAUGGAUCUGACACGAGUGGUGCUCCCUACCUUCAUCCUGGAGAAGCGCUCCCUGCUAGAGAUGUACGCCAACUUCAUGGCUCACCCUGACAUGUUCCUCUCCAUCACCUCUGGCUGCACUCCAGAGGAGCGGAUCAUUCGCUUUGUCGAGUACUACCUGACUGCCUUUCAUGAGGGUCGGAAGGGUGCCGUGGCCAAAAAGCCCUAUAACCCCAUCCUGGGUGAGAACUUCCACUGUUCUUGGUAUGUGCCCCGGGACCGUGUUCGACCUCUCAGGACCACUGGUCCCAGUUCAGCCCCCAUAGCCCCCUCUAACAUUCCCAGGUCCUCACAGAGGGGGACAGAUGGCAGCAGUAGAACAACGUCCGACUAUUGUGUUCGCUUUGUGGCCGAGCAAGUGUCCCACCACCCACCUGUCUCAGGCUUCUACUGCGAGUGCAAGGAGAGGGGGAUGUGUGUCAACACUCAUGUCUGGACCAAGAGCAAGUUCAUGGGCAUGUCUGUAGGAGUCUCCAUGGUUGGGGAAGGUGUGCUGUAUUUGCUGGAGCAUGAUGAGGAGUAUGUGUUCACACUGCCAUGUGCUUACGCCCGCUCAAUCCUGACUGUGCCAUGGGUGGAACUCGGGGGAAAGGUCACUAUCAACUGUGCCAAGAGUGGGUACUCUGCCACUGUCACUUUCCACACCAAACCCUUCUAUGGAGGAAAAGUACACAGAGUAACAGCAGAGGUGAAGCACAACCACACAGGAAACAUUGUGUGUAAGGCACAGGGAGAGUGGAAUGGGAUUCUGGAGUUCACCUACAACAACGGGGAAAACAAGGUGAUCGAUACCUCCAAACUGCCAGUCAUCAAGAAGAAGAUCCGGCCUCUGGAGAAGCAGGGCCAGUAUGAGUCACGGUAUCUUUGGCAGCAUGUGACCACAUCGCUAGAGGCAGGAAAUAUGGACACAGCCACAGAACACAAACACUGGCUGGAGGAGAGGCAGCGCAGUGAGGGCAAACAGAGAGCGACGACCAAAACCCCCUGGAAACCCAAGUAUUUUAUCAAAGAGGGUGAAGGCUGGGUGUACCACAAUCCUCUUUGGAAAGCUCACUGACCUUGGAGGCAGGUGGCGGCCAGUGCAGCGAUCAGGGCCGGAGGAUGACCCUCAAGGACAUGAGGAGGGAGAGAGAGACAGAUACAGACAGAAAUAGAGACGGAUGAGAUGUGCCAGAACAAGAGGUGCCAAAGACUUUGUGUAAAAUGGACAAACUCAUAGUCCUGUCUAAUCCUGUUUGCUCAGCAGUGAGUUGAGACUGAUCUUACACGGGUAUGUUUUAAUAUUACAGGAUUCAGACACAUACCUGGAUUUGACGACAGAAUGGGACUUUUUUUUCUUAUAAUAAAUCCAAACCAACAGCUACUGCCAUUCUAACUACUUACUUGUUUGCACAAUGUACUCAGCAACUUUUGGUCACAACUGUUUUGCACAACUAACUGUAAAAUAUAUAUAUAUAUCAAUCAGCCAGAGCAUUAUGACCACACAAUGUUGAGGUGACAUCACAGGACAAUGACACAUGUCAACCUCUGGGAAAUACAGUAUUCAUGGGUGAGUGAACAGUUGAUAAUCGUAGAGUCCAUAUUGCAGAUGUGGGAGACAUUUGCAGUUGUAAAAACCUGAGGAAGACAACUGGGUCGGAGUAUAUUCGAAAGGACCAGGGAGCAUGGGAUGCUGCUGGUCAGCAGUGGGGAGCAUCCAUCACAGUGAUCAGAGCAGGAACCCUGGAGGAUGUGCAGGAACAAGUCUGAUCCUCUGUUCGUCCAUCUCUCAACUUAUAGGACUGAAAGGAUCUGCUGCUAAUGUAUCGCUGCCAGAUACCACAAGGACCUUCAGAGGCCUUGUAGACAACAUGCCUCAGUGGAUCAACUGUGUGGAAGACAAGAGUGGUCAUAAUGUUUUGGCUCCUCAGUAUAGUAUAAGCAGCACUGCACAUGUGUGAGUGUGUGUCUGGGUGUAUGUCUGUGAGAACGGAUGAACCAUAUAGCCAGUUUGAACAAGCCUGAAAGCACAUUUCAUAGAACCCAGCGGGAGCCGGGCAGAAUGUAAUAAGACUGGUUUCAUUAGGAGCUGAAGCUAUAGCCCACUGAGCUUCUACCUGAAGCAACUCAAUUUUAUAGAUUUUUUAGGAGGGAAACAAUUUCAGAUCUAGGCUCAUUCUUCAUAUUCACCCGGGGAAUGCUACUCACUUAAAAACACAUACAUAUAUCACAGUAAGGUUGACUGCUAAUUAACCUCAACAUCUAAUGAAACCCUCCAUUCACUCAUGACUACACAUACAGCGACCCCAAACCAUAUAUGCUGCAGUUUUAUCCAAGAGUUGGAAAAGUCAUAUUGUAGAAAAAUACUCACUCACUUCCCUCGAGUGGGAUUUCACCAUGCACAUGGUUUGGUUUUUACUUGUCUUGGUCAUCUGAUAUGUGCCUCUGAAAUAUAUCUGCAUCCACCCAAAUUCAACAAUUUUUACAAAAGCAAAAUUUAAUAAUCGAUAAAAAAAAUUCUAUCAAUCAAGUUUAUACCAGACUUUCAUUUAUUUUAGUUUGUAUCCCCUGGGAGAUGUUUCCAUCGAGAAGUAGUGCAGUGUCAUCAUGUGGAUUUGACAAAUAAGCAACCAAACACAUUGUCCUCCAUUUGACUCAAGUCAACAGACCUAUGCAACACUUACUGUAGAUGGUUGUUCU